GCACGGAGCAUCCCUCCCUUACACAGUGACAGAGCAGAGCACGGAUACAGAGCAUUGCUCCCGUACACCGAGGCAGAGCAUUGCUCCGGAGAGAGCAGCCUGCACACACAGCAGCAGCAGCAUCUGGUGCACAUUCAGCAUCCUGAUUCCUGAGUGCGGGAUUUGGGUGUGGGGGGCGUCAGGUUGUGGCCACUGCAGACCCAGCGGCUCCUCCCACCGGUGUCUGACAGCCCCGAGGAAGAAGAGAGAAGCAGUCCGUGUCAGAGACAGCAGGAAGCGGCUGUACCCCUCCAUCUCCCCGGCACAGUGCAGACAUACAGCGGGAAGCCCCGGGUGACCCGUCUACACGAUGAACUUCCUGCGGCGCCGGCUGUCGGACAGCAGCUUCAUCGCUAACCUUCCCAAUGGCUACAUGACCGACCUGCAGCGGCCGGAGCCUCCCCAGCCACCCCCGCCCGCUGAGCCGGACCGCAGGCAGGGCGGACAGGUGUCCGGGGGCUUCUUCUCCUCCAUCACCAAUGUGGUGAAACAGACCGCGGCUUCGGCCGGCCUGGGGGAGCAAAGUGCGGUGAGCCCCGGGAGAAGGUCACGCAUCCUGCUGAUCAUUGAUGACCCCCACACCGACUGGGCAAAGUCUUUCCGAGGAAAGAAGCUCCAGGGGGACUUUGAUAUACGUAUCGAACAGGCUGAGUUUUCAGAAAUAAAUCUUGUAGCUCAUUCUGAUGGGACUUACGCCGUAGAUCUGCAGAUGUUCCGGAAUGGGACAAAAGUUGUCAGGUCAUUCCGACCAGAUUUUGUCUUCAUUCGACAACAUUCGUUUAGCAUGGCAGAAAAUGAAGAUUUCCGUAACCUUAUAAUAGGCAUGCAAUACGCCGGUAUUCCUAGCGUCAACUCCCUGGAGUCCAUUUACAACUUCUGUGAUAAGCCAUGGGUGUUUGCGCAACUAGUAAUUGCCUAUAAGACGAUGGGGGCUGAAACAUUUCCAUUAAUUGAGCAGACAUAUUACCCAAACCACAAGGAAAUGCUUGCAAUGCCGACAUUUCCUGUUGUUGUGAAGAUUGGACAUGCGCAUUCCGGAAUGGGAAAGGUGAAGGUAGAGAACCACUAUGAUUUCCAAGAUAUUGCCAGUGUCGUGGCCUUGACGCAGACCUAUGCCACCACUGAACCCUUCAUAGACUCUAAAUAUGACAUCAGGAUUCAGAAGAUAGGAAAUAACUACAAAGCUUACAUGAGAACCUCUAUAUCAGGUAACUGGAAGACCAACACUGGAUCUGCAAUGUUAGAACAAGUGGCAAUGACAGGAAGGUAUAAAUUUUGGGUUGAUACAUGUUCAGAAAUCUUUGGUGGUCUAGACAUUUGUGCUGUUAAGGUUGUACAUGGAAAAGAUGGAAAGGAUUAUAUUAUAGAGGUCAUGGAUUGUACAAUGCCAGUGAUGGGUGAACACCAAGUGGAAGAUCGGCAACUAAUCGCAGAUUUAGUUGUUAACAAGAUGAAUCAGGCUUUGUCCAAAACACCUAUUCCUUCCCCGCAGAGACCAACAGCAACCACACAGCCACAGAGCGGAACAAUGAAAGAAUCUGAGCAGAGCAAGAUUCCAGCACAGCGUCCUCCACCUCAAGGGGGCACAGUACAACCCCAAGGAUUGCAAUCAGACAGUCAACAGCCAAUCCACCACCUGGACACGCAAAGGUCUCCUGGUCAGGAUCUACUUCCACAGAAUGAAGCACGAACACCACCAUCUGCCACAGCUCAAGAGUCACGCUCAGUAGGACAGGCGCCUCCUAAUGUCGGCAAUGUGGAACCACAAUCCAGCCUUCAUAAGGAACCACCUCAAAGAGUCCAACCUCAUCCGCAGCUGAACAAGUCACAGUCUCUGACCAACGCCUUCAACUUCACCCAGUCAUCAUUCUUCCGUUCAUCAACUAACGAGGACGAAGCUAAAGCAGACACCAUCCGAAACCUGAGGAAAUCCUUUGCCAGUCUAUUCUCUGAGUAG